UAUGGCUUACAACAGCGAUUUCUAAGAUCAAUAAUAGUACGAUUAAGAAGAGUUUGCAAUGAAGAUGCCAGUGAAAAAUCAUUUACAAAGAUUGGAUGUAUAUUGGAUUUUUAGUUGUAGUAAUUGUUGCAGCAGUUAAUGGAUGAGUAAGAUAUGGCCAAGAAAGAAAAAGAGCAGUUGCGUAAUAAUCUAAUUGAAUUAUCAUAAAUUACAACUGAUUCAUUUGAUGAUUCCAAUAAAUACUUAAAUGAAGAGUAUAAGAGAUUGAUGUAGGAGUUUCAUGAACAAAAUGCAUUACAAUUAGAAUAACAUUAAUUCCUAAAGCAAUAAGUGGAUUAGAUUAACUUGGACAGAAUCAAAUUGCAAUAAAAUACUAUUGUACUUGAAAACAGAAUUCAAGAUUCAGAAAAAGAAUUGGGAUUUGUUUGA